AUGGCCCACAAGCCCGAAAUAAAGAUCGGAUUUUUAGGUACGUUUCACAACGGACGGAUGAUUGGAAAACUAGUCGUGGGAGCUGUACCACUCGCUGUCCACGACGUCAAUGUGAGCCCCGACGUUCUUCCCAACCACAGGUUGACUUUCGUGGCGGAAAAUGUCGGAAUGCCGGACACUUCGGGCGGUGUGAAGAAAAUGACUGAACUCCGAAACCAUUCGAUCAAGGCGUUCAUCGGUCCUGACGAAAGCUGUUACGCGGAAGCGCUCGUGGCGGAUGCCUGGAAUCUACCGAUGAUUACUUACAUGUGUUACGAUCCGAGAGUGAGCCGCGGAGAGGUAUUCCGCACCUUCGCACGUACCCUACCCUCCAGUUCAAAAGUGAGCAAAAGUGUCAUCGCCCUCCUGAAAUAUUUCGAGUGGAACAGGAUAACGCUCAUCGUAGCAGAAACCACGAUGUACAUCCAGACACAGGAGGUACUCGUUCAACUCGCGAAACAGAACAACAUUACUGCAACGAGCUACAUGAUUACGGGCGACUACAUGGAGAAGAAUAAAGCCGCUCUGCGAAGAAUUGUCCAGGACUCUUUCAAGACAACACGAAUUUACGUGCUCCUGACAGACACUCAUGCGCUGAUCGAUUUCGUGGGAACCAUGGAUGCUGCUGGUCUCUUAGCGGGCGGUGAAUACGCGAUCAUUUCUGUGGAGGAAGAUGAGAUCUACAACCCUCAUCUCGAAUAUCAAUACAUGAUGAAAGAAUGGGAUCGCCAGAAACACGUUAACUUCGACGCGACGCCCUUCCGAUCAGUGCUGAUGAUCACACCGUGCGCGCCCCAACUCGAGGCGUACCAGAGGUUUCAGGAAAAUGUUCAACGCUUCGCAGCGCAGCCGCCUCUCUGCAUUCCUUUCCAUCCGCAAGUACAGGUCGAGAUUCCGCCGUACGCCGCAAUGGCCUACGACGCCGUUUUCCUGUACGCUCGUGCCGCGACGGAAAUCCUCAAAAGGAACUUGAGCCUCGAUGACGGAGCGGUUCUCAUCGCAGCCAUUCGCAACAAAGUUUACCGCAGCGUAUUGGGCUACGACAUACGAGUAGACGAAAACGGAGAGGCCGAAGGGAACUAUACCGUAUUGGGUUUCACAAACGCCAGCGAUGAGCACCUCUCGCCAAUCGGGCGGUUCUCCCUCUCAGAGAACGGAUCUUUGCCAGUGUUCCAAUUGGAAAGCGAAGUUGCCUGGCUCGGAGCUGGACCUCCGGUCAGUGAACCUCAGUGCGGUUUCUUUCGGGAAAAAUGCAUUUCUAAGCAGGAUUGGCGGAGCGUUCUCUUGAUAACUUCGUGCACUUCGCUGGUGCUUGCGGCACUCAUUGUCGCUAUCCGACACUAUCGAUACGAGUACAAGUUGGCGAAACUCCUCUGGAAAAUUGACAUGAAGGAUGUGCUCACGCUCCGACAGCAGGGAAGUCGACCUUCGCUCCAGAGCACAAAAAUAUCGCCACCGAGCGUUUUUGUGGCGUCGCCGAACGGAUUCGCGCCGAACUACGACGAGGAUCUCGAGGAAGGAACCAGUAUCGGCUUCUACAAAGGGAAUGUUGUGUUUAUCAAGCCAAUCUACAAGAAGAGCAUCGACCUCACUCGCAGCAUACGCAAAGAACUCAUCCAAAUGCGAGAAAUGCGCCACGAAAAUAUCAAUCCCUUCAUCGGAGCAUGCGUUGAUCCACCAAACAUCUGCAUUUUCACCAUGCAUUGCGCUCGGGGCUCUCUCGAGGACGUCCUGAGAAACGAAGAUCUCACAUUGGACGGGAUGUUCAUCUCUUCGCUUGUGGCUGAUCUCCUUAAAGGAAUGAUUUACAUACACGACUCAGAGAUCGUCUCCCACGGCAAUCUGAAAUCGUCGAACUGCCUCGUGGACUCCCGCUGGGUUCUUCAGGUGGCGGAUUUCGGUCUCCAUGAGUUCAAAUGCGGUCAAUCGCUGCCGAACACAUCGCGUCGGAAUAGGGCUCUUCUGUGGAGAGCGCCCGAACUCCUGCGACAUCCAUCUCCACCGGCGAGAGGGACUCAAAAAGGCGACAUCUAUUCGUUCGGGAUCGUACUCUACGAGAUCAUAGGCCGUGCCGGGCCAUGGGGACCUGAAGCUCUUCCAACGAAAUACAUCAUCGACUCCCUCAUCGAUCCUCCGGACAUUCAGAACCCUCCGCGACCGCCUCUGGAGGUUCUCGAUUGUGCCGACUACGUGGUUAGAUGCCUCCGGGAAUGCUGGGACGAGAACCCCGAAAUACGGCCCGACUUCCGUUUUGUCAACGUACGCCUGCGAGAAAUGCAGGCUGGACUGAAACCGAAUAUUUUUGAUAACAUGAUUGCCAUAAUGGAGAAGUACGCAUACAAUCUGGAGUCACUCGUCCAGGAACGGACAUAUCAGUUGCUCGAAGAGAAGAAAAAAACCGAGAAUCUAUUAUUACGGAUGCUGCCGAAGCCAGUUGCCGAACAGCUGAAGCGUGGCGAGCCGGUACAAGCCGAGAGCUUCGAGUCGGUUACGAUUUACUUCUCUGACAUCGUCGGCUUCACCGAGCUGUCGGCCAAGUCGUCCCCCCUGCAGGUGGUGAAUCUCCUCAACAGUUUGUACACCUGCUUCGAUUCGAUCAUCGAAAACUAUAACGUGUACAAGGUAGAAACGAUCGGGGACGCGUACAUGGUUGUCAGCGGUGUCCCGCUGAAGACCUUCGACCACGCAGCGCAGAUUGCGUGCAUGGCGCUGCACCUCCUGGCAGCGAUUGCCAGCUUCGAGGUUCCACACCGACCGGGAGAACGUUUGAAACUCCGGAUCGGUAUCCAUUCGGGCCCUUGCGUCGCAGGCGUUGUAGGUCUGAAAAUGCCACGCUACUGCUUAUUCGGAGACACAGUCAAUACCGCUUCGAGGAUGGAGUCCACGGGAGAAGCUCUGCGGAUCCAUAUAAGCGAAACGUGUAAGAAACUCCUCGAGAAAUCCGGAGGUUUCAACAUCGAAGAAAGGGGACUAACUAUGAUCAAGGGCAAAGGCGAAAUGCGAACUUACUGGCUCCAAGGCAAAGCCGAUCAAAGUCCACCGAAGUUGUCACAAUCGGUGUCGCCGUGCCCGGUUCCGGCGCAGUACACGAAGUUUUCUGCACAGUUCCUGCAGCCGGUCUCGAUAUCGACGAAUCUAAGAUCGAAUAGCUUGACUGGAAGCUGGUCUCCCGCGACGGCUUUCAAAUAUCCGGGUCGAACUCGUAGUACUGGCGGAGGACGUCUUCCAUUUUUCCGAGGUCUCGACUAA